AUGCUGUUAGAGUUCACACCUUCCUUCACCUUGAAAGCUUUAACCCAUACGUGUUCCCCACAUUCACUUUUCUCCUCACAGCCUUCCCACCACUGCUCCAUCAUGUGGCAUCCAAUCUCAUGGAUACCACGUGCCCAGUGGUCACCCAAGCACUGCAAGCUGGUCAUUGUCUACGUGCUGGUGCUCUUGGUAUCGCUCAGCUUUGCUUCAAGACAGAGCAGACCGUUUAAACAUCAGAUAGACAACAGAAGUCCUGAGAUUGAUCCUUUUUGGUACGUGGGCCGUGGUGUUCGCCCCAUCGGUCGGUUUGGGAAGAGGCAGCUGAGAAGCAGCCGUGGCAGCCUCAGGCCUGUGAGCAGGCACCUGGAUUUCAUCUUGAACGCUUUGUGGGAGCAAAAAGUGUCGGAUGCAGAAGACGAUGACUGGUGAUCCCUGUUCCCCGAGGUGAUGACCCAACCUCUAGUUCUUUGAAUUGUGCCCUCCCCUGCACCUCAGACCUCCAGUUCUGCUGUUGCUUAGCAGUCCCACGCUGCUCUUCU